AUGGAAAGUGAGAACCAAGGUAAUCCUGCCGCAAUUUCAGAAGAAACUAAAAUUGAAGCUUCAACUGAAAACACACUUUUAUUAAUUUAAGGGUUUAAUUCCUAAGUUUAACGUUCAAUAUUGCAUUAACUACACGGACUUCCGUCCCUGCUCUUCAAGCCCUUCAGGAGUUCGGGAUUCGACAGCUGUUCUUCCACUCUUCGGCAUUAUAUGGGUUGUCUCACAGAAAUUCCAAAAAAUGGAAUAUGGCCGACUUCCAGAAAAAUUUCAGCUCAGAACAAAAGCGUAACUCUUGGUUUUACGCUGGGGAGUUCCCCGAAGGAUCAAAGACGCUACUAGGCUUCCCUUAUCAAUAAGGUAUAGUCCAAUCCUGAAAAGAGAUUUGGAUUAGACCUCGCACGCUCCCAUAUUUGCUUACCUGAUAUUGCUGUCCAUUUCUGGGUUGGCAAAGCAUGGCCGGAUAUAAUUAAAUAUGUACUCGAAGCUCCAUUGCCAGGAGGCCAUGCCCUGGACAGAAACGCCAUAUUUGAUUAUGAAGCUUCUUCUGAGCAAGUCUCUCUUAAUAUUUCUCCAAAUCUUGAAACUAGUCUACCUUCACCUUUAUCCUCAGAAGAAUCAAAUAUUCAAAAUAUUGAGGAAACAAAAGAGCCAGCUAAAAAGAAGAAGAAACGAAACAGAAAAAAGCCUGCAAAAGAACCUUCAGCACCAGCUAUUAUCACAGUAAAUCGUUUUCAAGACAAUUCUCACAUUCGCCUUCUUAAAAAUUGGUCAGACAAUCCAAAUUAUCUCCAGACUAACCCACCUUCUAUUCCCAUCAGUCAACAAUUUCCUAACAAUACAUAUCCUAUUGGAGAAAUUUCUGAAUAUUCAGGUGAUAAUGCUUAUCGCACCACAAGUGAAGAAAAGCGCGAAUUAGAGAGGCUACACUCUUAUGACUAUGAAAACCUAAGAAAAGCUGCAGAAGCCCAUAGGCAGGUAAGAAGAUGGGCUCAAAGUGUCCUAAAACCUGGAAUUGAUCUUCAUGAUUUUUGUGAAGAGCUAGAAAAUUAUUCAAGAAUUCUAUUGGAAGGGGAUGGAACUAUAGCUGGGGUUGGAUUUCCCACUGGAGCCAACUUAAAUCAUAUAGCUGCUCAUUGGACUCCAAAUCCUGGAGAUCAUGCUAUCUUAGGCUAUGACGAUGUCUGCAAAAUUGAUAUUGGGUGCCAUGUAAGCGGAAGGAUUAUCGACUCUGCUUUUACUGUAGCUUUUAACCCAAAAUUCGACAAUUUAGUGCAUGCUACUCAAGAUGCCACAAAUGAAGGUGUCAAGCAUGCAGCUGUUGAUGCAAGAUUUGGAGAAAUUGGGGAAGCUAUACAAGAAGCGUUAGAAAGCUAUGAGAUUGAGCUUGAUGGAAAAACAUAUCCCAUUAAAGCAAUUAGGAAUCUUAAUGGGCAUAGCAUUGAGCCAUAUCACAUUCAUGGGAAAAAAAGUAUCAGAAUAGUAAAAAGUAAUGACCAAACCAAAAUGGAAGAAGGAGAGCUAUAUGCAAUUGAGACGUUUGGAAGCACUGGGAAAGGCUUGGUUCAUGAUGAUUUAGAAAACUCUCACCAUGCUAUUGAUUUUGAUAUGUUUGGGAAGCCUGUGCCACUUCGAGAUAAUAAAGCUAGAGCAUUGCUAAGACAUAUUGAAAAGAAAUAUGGGACUUUACCAUGGAGUAGACGUCAGUUGCAGCGUGAUGGAGAAACAAAACAUAUUUUGCCAUUAAAAAAUCUUAUUAAUGCUGGGAUCGUCAACCCAUAUCCUCCACUUUGUGAUAUUCAUGGAAGUUAUGUAUCUCAAAUGGAGCAUACUUUUAUAAUCAGACCUACUUGUAAAGAGGUUCUUACUCUCACCUUGUUUGCGAAUAAAGCUAUUAGAAAAAUUCUUUCUUUUGGAAAGUUAGCCCCUGCCCAAAUUUGAUUUAUUAAAAAAUAAUUUUUAUAUAAUUUAACUAUUUUUUUUAACGAACUAACCUCCCUUUGCUAGCUAGUAACUUACCCAAUAGCACAAGAGGUGAGCUAGCAGAGGUGAUGAUUAUUAA